AUGCCUCGCCUCAACUCCUCAGUUCCAUCGCCGGUGUCCAUGGCAGUGGGUGACCAAAAUCGAAAACGACAUAUUACGGAUGAAAUCUCGAAGAACAAUCAUCGGGCCAAAAAGCGCAAAAUCGCUCCGAACUUCUCCCCAGCAUUUUAUGACGAACUGUCCGAGGUACCACUAGCACUUGACACCUUGCGAGAGCUAGAUCGACGAAACAGAGCACGAACGACUACGAUACAAAAAGACGGUGUAUUGAGCUUCGUAACUACAGAUAUCUCUCGAUUUUCGAGGCUCGGUGGCCCAGGUCGCCUGCAGCAUCUUCGACAACUAAUUGGCCAAACCCGAGACACAAUGGAAAACUCAAGGUCUUCUAGUUCCGGCAGUCGACAGACACAAUCGACGCGAGCGACGAGUGUUUCUUCGAGGGGUGGCUCGUCAAGGUAUGGGAAGGAGUUCGACCGACAUCUUCUAGACUAUGGAAUAUAUAUGAACAACCGCAAGUCUAAGCCGGCGAAUGUGAGGGAUAUCCAAAGGAACUUGGAACAUAGUCGGGCGUCUCUGUCCCCGUCUCAACUUUCCGAAGAAACAUUUGAAGCCUUUCAGAGGAAGAAUGAAGACGCUGUAUUCGAAUCCGAUGUCGUCGCCAACGUCAUUCCUGUUAUCUGCGGAAACUGCGAUAUUCCAAGCAAGCAGAAUGCUCUUUUCACUGAACUUGAACCUCUCACAAACAGCAACGCAGUGAGGCCAAAGCCAGAUCUUUUUGAUGGCGCUAAUUUUGAAGAUCUGCAUGACGAGGCCAGGACAGACCCUGAAAUUAAGAAGACGAAUAUUCCCACGAAACAUGCCACUAUCCCAGUUUCACCAAAUUUUUUCCUGGAGGUCAAGGGCCCGGACGGCAAUGCCUCAGUAGCACAAAGACAAGCCUGCUAUGAUGGAGCAUACGGUGCCCGUGCCAUGCAUGCUUUGCAGAGUUAUAGAACAGCCGAGCGAGCAUACGACCAGAACGCUUAUACGUUAAGUUCCACAUACCACGAUGGCCAGCUAAAGCUCUUCGCACAUCACGUUACAGGUCCAACUACCAUAGGAGGUCGACCGCAAUAUCAUAUGACGCCGCUCAAGUCAUUCAGCAUGACCAAUACCCGCGAGACAUUCAUUGAAGGAGCAACAGCAUUCAGGAAUGCAAGAAGUUUGGCGAAAACUUACCGAGAUGCCUUCAUUCAAGCCACGAACAUCAGGACACGCCCAGGGACGCCAAACCCACAGGGUAACGAGGAGAACUGGAAAGAUGCGGAUGAUGCUCUUCAGGGACACAUCGCUGAUGCCUGCAAGAGUACUUCUACAGACGGCAAAGAAUCAAAUGAAGCAUUGCAGUCACCACAGACAGAUGAUGGGUCUCCAAACCCUAGCCAAGCAUCGACUGUAUUGGGGAAGGAAGACCCGUCGUUGAGUUUUGCGACGAGCUUCACGUCCAGCUUUACAAGCGAUAAGCCGUCAUCUGGACCCAAGCGUGCCAGACAACUUAGUUCACCGAACAACUCUUGGGGGCUCCGGUCGUCUAAAAGUCGUACUCGUGUUCCCGUGAACCAGUUGCUCAUGGGAAGAUCUGCUUCCGGGCUGCAAUCUCCCGAUGGUUCGGGAGACCAAGAAUUGGAGACAGAGUCCCAAACUAUUAUACCUUCAAAGCCAAAAGAAAGGUGA